AUGAUGGAUCAGUCCUCCAUGAUUGCCCAUGCUGGAUCACUUGGAAAUGGAAUUAGCGGAACCAGCGGGAGCUAUUACGCGUCUCUUACUUCGCAGUUCCUCAUCGGCAUCUUCAACCAAACCAUCCACGAGGACUUGAAUCUCGAGAACAUUGCGAGAGAAACCAGAGCCUGCAAAAUGGACUUUGGAUUCUGUGCCUCGGUCAGCGGUCCUACGGCUAGCAUCCAUGUCGAUGUUGAUGGGAAACCUACAGCGACGUACAACACCACCCAGGCUGACAUUGUAGCCUGGCAUGCUGCUCAAAAGCGACGGCCGCAAAGUCUCAUCAUGGCUGAAGUAAAUACUGUAGCUGAGAGUUCAUACGGGCUGCAAUCUCUGAUUGACAAGCUACCCGGGCUCGCAAAGCCUAUCGACUGGGAUGCUCCAGCUGAUGGCGGGAAAGCGGCGACAGCUGAAUGGAUUGGCUCUGUUGAGUGGCCAUUUCCCCCCACCUCCCCGAGCACCGUCGCCGCAGUUGCCGCUAUUGCCAGUCAUUUGAUUGCUAGAGGCUACUCCUUGAGCUAUGAAGCUUGCGAGAGCGGUAGUGGCGACGGCUGCAGAACGAUCAUCAUGUUCUCCUUCGGUUCGACUGGCAAAGGAGUCCCCGAGGGAUUCGAUGCCUCCAAAGAUUGGGCGAGCGCUGUGGGGACACUUGAUCAGGAAGGCCCGUUUAGUCUAGUCAACAUGGGCUUGCUCAGACGAAACCCCGAAGUCAUUGAGUCUUGCAUGUCAAAGAGACGUUUGUCUCUAGGGGAGUUCAGAGACGCCCUGAAUGCUGAUGUUGAUGCCAGCACAAGUAUUACUCACAGAUAUACUAUGCUAUGCACCACUUCUGCCGGUGUGACGUGUUGCCACUUUCUAUCACCGGAGCUGCCCACCCCCAUGCUGAGGUGGGUAAGUGCCGAGCCUGGGUUGAUCAAGGGUGCCCUGGCACGCCUGGACAAGAGAUUACCCUAUAUGGCCAUCCCGCAACUUAAGCUUCCAUACUCUCUUGCGCACCAUAAGGUAGCUCGGCCUACCAUGAAAGCCUUCCGUUUCCUCGGCCCCAACAAGGGCCUUGCCCUCCAAGAUGUCCCCAUCCCAUCUCCGGGCCCCGAACAGGCCCUCAUCCGCGUCAAAGCCGCCGGGCUCUGCCACUCCGACACCCACGUCCUCCACGGCGGCGGCGCAGCGUGGAUGUGCGCGCUGCCCGUGACUUUGGGCCAUGAGGUUUCUGGUAUCAUUACUGAGCUAGGCGACUCUUCAACCACAUCAUUCAAAGUCGGUGACAGGGUAGCUGUUGCCUGUGUAGGCCAUCCAAUCCAAGAAAGAAAUUUCCACGAAGCUCUAGGUGUCGGCUGCGACGGUGGAUACGCCGAAUAUGCUGUCGCUCCCAUCAAGAAUCUUGUCAAGAUUCCAGAUCAAGUGGGGUUUGCCGAGGCUGCUGUGGCUACGGAUUCCGUUGCUACUGCCUACCACGCCGUCGUCGCUGAGGGUCGAGUAUCUGCAUCGCACACGGUUGCUGUCAUUGGCCUAGGCGGUUUGGGGUUGAACGGACUGGCGAUUGCGGUACACCGUGGUGCUAGAGUCUUUGGCGUCGACAUCAACACGAACAAGUUUGAACAGGCCAAGGAAUUCGGUGCUGUCGACUGUGCCACAGACUUGAGCACGUUCUCAGGCGAAAUAUUCGAUGUUGUCUUGGACUUUGCAGGAGCGCAGAAGACGGUUGAGACUGCGAUAUCCUUGGGCCCCUAA